AUGACAACCUCAGAACUCGUGCCGCCGUCGCAGGCCAGAAAGAGCCGAAGAACGCGAAGGCGUCGCCCGGAUAAGCCGUCCUUGUCUGCGAGACUGAUACUAGACGACCAUGACGUGAAAGGCGAUGUCGGUAUCCUGUCGGAGGACCUAUUCGUGGACCUCUUCCCCCACCUCCGUGAUGCAGCCUCCCGAGGAGAUGGCUCCGAAGACGUCCACCAUGUCGCUAUCGCCCCUUGGGAGCCGAAUCCCUCCCCAACCGAGACCGCCUGGACCGUGGUUCCUGUGAUCAAGUCCUCUUCGCUGAAGCCUUCGACUGUCCAAUUCUCGCCGUCAUCGUUGUCACUACAGAACUUUGCGACCAUUCUCCAGCAAGUGGCACCGUCGAAACUAUCGAGUCACAGCCGGAGCGGCAUCGAAAUUCAGAUACUCGAUGUGGUUGCCCUGUCGUUAGAUACGGUGUUUGUGAGCCUCGAGAGCGAGUUGACAAAGCGCUUGGAGCAGGGCGAAGGGACUUUCUACCGCGAUCAUCCGAGCCAUUCAAAGGACAAGGGGCCAGAAACUCCUGAAGGACGCCUGGUUUCGGCUUUGCGCGUAGCAUUGAGCAGCCUCAGAGUGCUUCACUCUGGCGACCUGUUUCCAUUGCCUUUGCCUCCGCACCCAGUCACCCACGUUCCGCCAAACCCUGGGAAGAUCAUGCUGUGCGAGCCCGUAAGCCAGGGAGUCUUGUCCGAGAGCACAAAGAUCAUCCUGAUGAGAGGACGAGUGCACGCAAAACGUGGCCAUGCUGCCCCCUCAAUUUCGUCAAAUCGAAGUCUGAAUGGUGUGCCAGAGGACGAUGAGGAAGAUACCGCGAAUGAUCAGUUUUAUUCGGCUGCGGAGGACCGAUACAAGACCGAUGCCGCAACCACCGAGAUCGACUCCGUUACUGAAACCGAAGAAUCAGAAUUCUCUGGUGUGGACCACGAUGAUGAUUUGUCGGAUGACUCUAUGGACGACAUGAUAUCUCUACAGGCCCCCACACUUCCAACGACCGCAAGCGGCGUAUCUACCUUGCAGCCGGGGACACCAAUGACGUUAGGAAGAGGAAGAAAAACUAAUGGAAUUGCAACACCCGCGUCUGUGUUCUCCAAUUUCACCGCUACAACUGCACGGCCUGAUAGACCCCGAGGUCGUCUUUUCAAGGCCCAGGGGAUGAUUCGUCCAAUCCCGGUGGACUUACUUCACCCGAAACCAGCCCCUGAGGACGACGACGAAGCUAGAAUAUUUGUGGAUAUUUCUUCCUUGUCCAAGAUUGGUUGCUUCUCAGGAGACUGGGUUCGCGUAGAGGCCGCUGAAGAACCCCCUACCAAUGGGUUCGGCGCAUUCGGGCUCGGGAGCUUCACAUCACUCGAGCCAACGGAGUCGAACUGGCGCCCUGUUCGGGUUUAUGGACUCCCGGAGGGAUACUCGCAACGCCCGGUAACACGGAUCCCGAGCGCAAAGCAUGGCGAACGCAAACUGUCUUUCUUCGAAUCUCAGUUGCAAAAGCCAACGAGUCCGGCAGCUUAUAUCUCUCCAAUCUUACUGGCGAACUUAGACAGUCCUCUAUACUUGAGACUGUCACCUAUCAAGCGUGGCUCAUACCAAGGCAAAGGAACUCUUCCCAAGUUUACGACCGCUUCGCGUCCUCCCUAUGCUCGCGAUAUCACAAUCCAACAUGUUCGAUCACCCGUCACUGCCGAGCGGGCUUACCAAUCGGCCGUCCUCGGCGGUCUGAAGCGGUACUUUGCUCAAAAGAUUCGGCUUGUGAGGACGGGAGAUCUCCUGGCCGUGCCCAUCGACACACAGCUAGGAAAGGCCUUGCAAGAACAACCAAGCAGUAGCAAUGGCUCAGAAGUAGACGACGUUAUGGCACUUACAAAGGAUGGAUCAUCUAGAUUUGAUCAAGUGGCAUGGUUCAAGGUCGGCCAUAUUCAAAUAUCGAAGACGGAUACCGAGGACGAAUCGGACGAUCUGUGGGGAGGAGUUGCGUGCAUCGAUAGCUCCUCAGUCGCGAUGCAUGGGUCAGGCUUUGCUACCAAUCGCAUACCUGCGACUAAGAACAGCACAUGGCCGUACUAUUUGGGCGUGAAGAAGAUGCCCACGAAGGCGCCAAGCGCUUCAGCUCUCACAUUACCUGACCAGGACCAGCGCUUCAUCUCUCCUCUGAGACGAAGACUCAGAGAGCUACUUGCUGCAGCCACAAGCCCUAGGGCCAUGCACCUCAAGAUGCCACCCGUUGCCAUUCUACUCACAUCCUCUCAUCGAAAUAUCGGCAAAACCACAGUCGCUUCGGAAGCCUGUUCGGACAUUGGCCUACAUACCUACACAAUCGAUGCGUACGAUAUACUCAGCGAAGCUGGGACUAGUGGCAGCGAUGUGAAGACGGAGGGACUCCUGAGGACAAGGUCUGAGAGAGCAAUGAGUUGCGGGCCGGAGACCACGGCGUUGCUGAUCCAGCACGUCGAGGCGUUGACGGCGGAUCGCAUGGUAUCGACCAUGAAAGAGAUUUUGCAAGACACGAGGGUUCUGGUCGCGACGACAAGUGAUGUUGACAAGGUACCAGACGGAGUGCGUGGUCUUUUCAGUCACGAACUUGAAAUGGGCGCUCCUGACGAGGCUGAGCGCGAGGGCAUUCUGAGGACGAUUGUCGAAGACCGUGGUAUAAAUCUUGACCCUGAAGUCGACCUCAAUGGUAUUGCCCUCAAGACUGCUGCGCUGGUGGCUGGAGACCUGGUAGAUGUUGUCGACCGGGCGCUCAUCGCACAACGGUUACGCCUGGAGCAAAUAUCAUCCAAGACAGAGACCACAGGGCAAGCCGUGACGGUCCGCGAUCUCCAAGUAGCGGGCGGCCCAAUGGCCCGGUGCGUCACAAAGAGCGACUUCGAUGUCGCCGUCGAGGCAGCGAGAAAGAACUUCGCCGGCGCCAUCGGUGCACCCAAGAUUCCCAACGUCACAUGGGACGACGUCGGAGGUCUCAACAACGUCAAGGAUGCCGUUACGGAAACAAUUCAACUGCCCCUUGAACGGCCUGAGCUCUUCGCCAAGGGUAUGAAGAAGCGUUCCGGCAUCCUCUUCUAUGGACCCCCCGGAACCGGAAAGACGCUGCUAGCGAAGGCCAUCGCGACAGAGUACAGUCUCAAUUUCUUUAGUGUCAAGGGUCCCGAGCUGCUCAAUAUGUACAUCGGUGAGUCGGAAGCCAACGUCAGACGCGUAUUCCAGCGUGCAAGGGAUGCCCGGCCGUGCGUCGUGUUCUUUGACGAGCUGGAUUCGGUCGCACCUAAGCGUGGAAACCAGGGUGACAGCGGUGGUGUCAUGGACCGCAUUGUUUCUCAGCUUCUGGCCGAGUUGGAUGGUAUGUCAGGAGGCGAUGAUACCAGCGGCGGCGUCUUCGUCAUUGGCGCCACCAACAGACCCGAUCUCCUGGAUCCUGCCCUUCUCCGUCCCGGACGCUUCGACAAGAUGCUCUACCUUGGAGUCUCGGACACUCACGACAAGCAACUCAAGAUUCUCGAGGCCCUCACUAGAAAAUUCACCCUUCACCCCUCAGUCUCCCUCCAGUCCGUCGCCCAACAGCUGCCCUUCACCUACACUGGAGCAGACUUCUACGCCCUUUGCUCCGACGCAAUGCUCAAGGCCGUCACCCGCACCGCCGCCUCCGUCGAUGCAAAGAUCCGCGAGAUCAAUGCGGAUCCGGCCCUCGCCCGUCGUCAGGGCCCCAUCUCUACGGCUUACUUCUUCGAUCACCACGCCACUCCGGAGGACAUCGCCGUCAUGGUCACCGAGGAGGAUUUCCUCGCCGCAAACAGAGAGCUCGUGCCCAGUGUUUCUGCGGGCGAGCUGGCGCACUACGAGCAGGUCAGGGCUAUGUUCGAGGGCUCGCCCGACAAGGACAAGGAAAAGCAGCAGCAGCAGCAGAGGCCCGGCGCCGCAGCGGCCGCGGGGUUGAGGGUUGUCUCUGGUUCUUCGGCGGUGUCGAGGGCCAGCUCCAAGGGAAAGGGGAAAGCCGUCGCGGGAGGUGGCAAGGGCAAGGGCAAAGCCGUUGCGACGGGGAGUGAGGACGAGUUUGAAUCCGAGGGGGAGGUGGUGGUUAAUGGCAAGGGAAAGGGCAAGGGUAAAGCUGUUGCCGGGUUCCAGGAUGGCACGGCUAGCGACGACGAGGGGUUAUAUUGA